AGAUAGUCUCAAAUCAUAAUAAUAAACAACGACACUUCGAGAGUUGAGGUUGAUUUCUCUGCCACUUAACAAGGAAAAACAAAAAUGGAAAUCGUUCAAAUCCCCGGCGAUACAUACACUCUGGGCUUCAUCGGCGCCGGAAAAAUGGCCGAGAGUAUUGCCGGAGGCGCCGUCCGAUCGGGCGUCUUGCCUCCAUCUCGCAUUCGAACCUCUCACAAUAACCCUGCUCGACGCGCCGCCUUUGACUCCCUCGGCGUCACACUCCUCUCUUCAAACGACGACGUGGUUCGAGAAAGCAACGUCGUCGUUUUCUCUGUCAAACCUCAGUUAGUGAAGGACGUGGUUUUGAAAUUGAAUCCGCUACUCACAAAGAACAAGCUUUUGGUUUCGGUUGCUGCUGGAGUCAAGUUGAAAGAUCUUCAGGAAUGGGCUGGGAACGACAGAUUUAUAAGGGUAAUGCCUAAUACUCCUGCCGGUGUUGGCGAGGCAGCAUCAGUUAUGAGCUUGGGGGGAGCUGCAACAGAAGAAGAUGGAAACCUUAUAGCCAAAUUAUUUGGGUCAAUUGGCAAAAUAUGGAAAGCUGAUGAAAAGUAUUUUGAUGCAAUAACUGGCCUGAGUGGCAGCGGUCCUGCUUAUAUUUAUUUAGCAAUAGAGGCUUUGGCUGAUGGAGGAGUAGCAGCUGGUCUACCUCGCGAUCUUUCAUUAAGUCUAGCUUCUCAGACUGUAUUGGGAGCGGCGUCAAUGGUCACUCGUGCUGGAAAGCACCCAGGACAGCUCAAGGAUGACGUUACUUCUCCUGGUGGGACAACAAUUGCGGGCAUUCAUGAGUUGGAAAAAGGUGGGUUCCGUGGAACACUGAUGAAUGCUGUUGUUGCUGCUGCUAAGCGCAGCCGAGAGCUUUCCUGAAUCUGGAGAUGAGGAUUUUACCUUUUUAAGCUAAAAUCUGAUUUCAGUAGAAUUUUCUGUUUACAAUAUGUAAACUUGUUCUUCUUUGAGAUUAGCGAAUCUUGCGGGAAUGUUUGGCCACAGCAACUUUCUUGUCCUUUUCUUGAUGCUACUGUUUCUGUUAGGGUUUGGCCAAUAAGCAUAGCAUGACAGUUAUUUACGCUUAGGAUCAUGGAUACGCACGCAUGUAAAGGGUUGAUGUUUCUCUAUUGAAAUAAACACUUGGCCACUAAGAGU